CCCAUUCACCAUGGGCGGUUGGUGAGGAAUCCUGCUAGGGCAGGAGCUCUUUUCACUGCCUAGCGGGAAUUUCUCGUGCAUUGUCUUGUUGCAUACACUGUCAUUAUCAUAGUAUAUAGUUACUGGUUACCGAACAUGAAACAAGGAGGCCUGUGCGCCUACCUGGCGCUCUUGCUCCUGGCGGGCGUCAGCGCAAGCUAUGCAGACAUGGUUGUUACCAAGGGCAGUGGUCACCGUCCGCCCCCGCGGAGGGUCAGCCCCUCGCGGAAGCCUCCCACCGCUCCGACCACGUACAAGUCCAUCCUGGCUCUGGCUGCCGCCCGCAAGGACCUCUCCAUCGCUAACGCGGUCCUGAAGAAGACGGCCGGCCCCGACUUCGGCCCCAACGCCCCUCCGGCGACGGUGUUCCUGCCGAACGACGAGGCCUUUAAGCUGCUGCUGAAGGCCCUGGGUGUGACCCAGGCGCAGCUGCUCGCGUUGCCCACCAAGGUGCUGACCGAGGUGAUUGUCUACCACGCGGUCCCGGGCAUGCCUCUGGCCGCGAAGGACCUGAAGCCCAAGCAGGUGGUGGAGACCGCAUUGCCCGGGUACAACCUCACCAUCACCAAGGACUCUGCGGGUGUUAUGAUCCUGGCCGCGCAGUCGAAGGCCAAGGUGGUCACUGCUGACCUGAAGGCCGGCAUGACCAUUGUUCACAUCGUGGACACAGUGCUGGUGCCCUUCGACGUGCUCAACCCGCCCGUGCCCCCCGGCGCCUUCGACACCCCUGGCGGCGCGCUGACGGAGCUGGGCCUGGAGUACCUGGUGGGCGCCAUCGAGGCUGCGGGCCUGGGCGGCGUGCUGAACCGCACGGACGUGAUUGGCACGCUGUUCGCGCCCACCAACGACGCCAUCAUCCGGACACAGACGGCGCUGGCCAACAACUCCCUGGGCGUGAACCUGAUGUACCCGCAGGUGGUGCAGAUGAUCCUGGGCGACCACGUGCACCUGGGCGAGAAGCUGAUGGCGGCUGACGUGGCCAUGCGCAGCACCAUCCCCGUCGGCUGGGCCCCGGCGGACUACGCCACGCCCGACGCGCACAUCCUUACCGUCACCUUCAACCCCGCCGGCCCCAGCGUGACGCUGUCGGGCUUCCCGGGCAACUCCGCCAAGGUCAUCAAGGCGGACGUGCUGGUGGGCACGAGGCAGGAGCUGGUCGUCCACGUCGUCGACGGCGUGCUGAUCACGACCCAGACCGCCAGGGCGCUGGGUCUGAUCCAAGCCAACGGCACCACCGCGCCCGUGCCCACGCCCGCGCCCACGCCCGCGCCCUCGCCGUCGUCUUCCGGUACCGGCACGGUGCCGGUCUCGACGGUCCCCAACCUGGGCGCUGCGAUCGCCACCACCCCCGACCUGAGCCAGCUGCUGAGCAAGGCUCUUGCCGCGGGUCUGGGCAACCAGGUGGCGACCGCGAACAGUCCCCUCACCAUGUUUGCGCCCAACAAUGCCGCCUGGGCGGCGUUUGAGAGCAUGCUUAAUGCCAAGGACCCGCGCCUGACGGCCGUAGCCAACCAGAUCAUCGCGCUGAUCAUCAGCGACCACGUGCACGUGGGCGACUCGUACAAUGCCAACGCCCUCACGAACGGCCAGAUCAUCCCCAUCGGCAUGGACCCCACCAAGUACAUGGACGCAAACGCCACCACGGUGCGCGUGACCGUGAACGCGACCGGUGUGUUCCUGGCGCACCAGGUGUCGGGUGCCAAGGUGCUGCGCACCAUCCUCGCCGGCCCCACAGUCGUCAACAUCAUCGACAGCGUGCUGCUGAGCCGCGCCUCUGCGGCAGCGCUGGGUCUCAUUGAGAUGCCUUCAGCCUCCCCCACGCCCACCCCCACGCCCGUGCCCACUCCCAGCCCCGUGGCGGGUGACACCAUCCUGGGAGUCAUCAGUGCCGACAUCUCCCUGGCCGGCAUUGGGCAACUGAUUGCGCUUACUGGUCUGGCCGAGCCCCUGUCCGACCCCGAUAUCGAGUACACCCUGUUUGCGCCCGUCAACGAUGCCGUCACCACCUUCGCUGCGGAGCUGCAGAAGAUCCAGACGUACAACCCGGCCAACCCCCAGGUGUUGCAGCUGCUCUACCAGAUUCUUGCCACGCACGUGUACAUGGCUGGCGUGCUGCGCUCGAGCGACCUGACGGACGGCCAGGUGAUCCGCACCGGCGUGGCCAACACGCCCGCCACCAAUGUCACCGUCACCAUCAACUCCACCGGCGUCUUCCUGACCGCCACCAACACCGUUAAGGUCAUCGCCGCCGACAUCGCCGCCGGCAAGUCCAUCGUGCACAAGCUGGACGGUGUACUUGUCUCGCCCGAGGUGGCCAGGCUGAUCGUGGAGCUAUCGGCCGGAGGCGGCGCCAGCCCCGCGCCCUCCCCGUCGGGCACCCCGUCGUCGGCCAACUACUCAUCCGUCCUGGCAGCGCUGUCGAGCAACACUGACUUGAUCGGUUUCAAUGGUCUGCUGGGCAUAACUGGGGCGCUGCAACAGCUGUCCAGCCCCAACCUGGUGGCCACCUUCUUCGCGCCGACCAACGAGGCCAUUGAACAGGCCGGGGACCUGCUUGCGAGCCUGGGCACCAACCCUGUGUUCACGCCGCAGAUCCAGCAGAUCGUAAACGAGCUGCUGGGCUCACACAUCCACCUGGGCGAGGCGCUGACCUACGCGGACCUGAACAUGGACGGCAAGAAGAUCCCCGUGGGCCUCAACCCCGCUGCUUACACGGCUGCUGACAACACCGUCCUAACCGUCAUUGCCAACUCAACCGGCGUGUACCUGCAGUCCACCAACAUCGUCAUGGUGAGCACCACCACCCUCACGGCCGGCAAGUCCAUCAUCCACGUCAUUGACGGCGUUAUUGUCAGCCCCAAGCUGCUGGCGAUGCUGCCGCCGCCCGGCUCCUCGCCCGCACCCACCCCGGCCUCAACCCCCGGGGAGGAGCCCGCUCAGUCGCCGUCGCCCUCUCCGUCGGCGGGGCCUGCCAGCGGUACCUUCAGCGACGUUCGCCAGGCGCUGACCAGCACGCCCGACCUUUUUGGUUUCAACGGCCUGCUGACGGGUAAUGCUGUAGUGUACGCUCAGACGAACAACCCCAACCUUGUCGCCACCAUCUUUGCGCCCAGCAACGCUGCUCUUGAGAACUCGGAAGCAAUCACCAGCCUUGCUGCCGGCGCCCCGGACACUACCCAGAUUCUGCUGAGGUACAACGAGCUGCUGGGCUCUCACAUCCACAUCGGCGAGGCGCUGACCUACGCGGACCUGAACAUGGACGGCAAGAAGAUCCCCGUGGGCCUCAACCCCGCCACCUACACGGCUGCUGACAACACCGUCCUAACCGUCAUUGCCAACUCAACUGGCGUGUAUCUGCAGUCCGGCAACAUUGUCAUGGUGAGCACCACCACCAUCACUGCGGGCAAGUCCAUCAUCCACAUCAUCGACGACGUCAUCGUGUCGACCAAGCUGCUGUCGCUGCUGUCCGGUCCCAGCGCCACGCCCUCGCCUUCGCCCUCGCCCGAGCCGGCGGACCCCACCUAUGAUGACCUGCCCUCGGCCCUGCGCGGCCAGGGCUUCAACCACCUCGCGGACUUGUACGACGCCGCCGUCAACUCGGCCGUGGGCCCAAUCCUGCAGAGCCUUCUGUCCGCGCCCAUCACGCUCUUCGCGCCCAGUGACACGAGCAUCGAUGAGUACCUGUCGUCCCAGAGCACCACCUUUGAGGCCUUCCUGGCGGACAGCAAGACGAACCCAAUCAACAUUGCUGGCCUGGUGCUGCCGCAUAUCCACAUCGGACACGCCUACACGCUGGACGAGUUCACCGUCGGCCAGGUGAUCACCACCAGCACGACGGGCCUGGAGAUGUUCGGGGCCCAGCUGACGGUGCAGGAGCACGAUGCGAAGGUCGUUUUCAGCACCAGCGUCGGCCCCGUCACGGUCAUUGGGGGCAUCAUCCGCGCUGGCACCGGCAUCAUCAUCCCGAUUGACAAGGUGCUGAAGCCGGACGUGUAAGCAGCUAUUGAUGAGCGCUGCCGCCCGGCUGGCACUUUGCUGGUGGCAUUGAGGUGUUCUGUGUCCGCUACUGGACGCGUCCUGCUGUUGGGUUGUGUAGACGAGAAUCCCACAGGAGCCCAUGCGAGGGCUGGGGUAUUCAGUUUUGUCGGACGGCAGGAGCAAGAUCUCGCAGCUCUGUCGUGAUGCGUGCGAUGGGACAGGGUAAGGGGCAGGUUGGCGUAGCCCCGUAGUGAUGCGUGUGUAGGCUCUGAACUUCAUAUGGUGCCCGGUCCUCCGCGUGAGUACGGUAGUGCUCAUCAUGCGUCCAGACCACGCUGCGUCUUCAUAAGCCCAUGCUCACCAUAGGCUCGUCCUCGUGCAUUUCGCGCGGCAGGCAUUUUGCUCUUCGGUAUGCAUAUUCCUGCACAUGUGUGAUCCAUUGAUUCGCCAUCAUCCCGUGAACAAGCGUAGCUCGGAAUUGGAUCCGUGGUCCAAUGUGUUAUGUGACUGCUUGAAUCUGUGGACAUGUGUAACCCGUGUAGAUGCGUUUCCGGUUUGCACGGGUCACACGUCCACUUUGCACGGGUCACCAAAGGGACCGGGCGCACUGGGCGAACGACUGAUCGUGAGGAAUGCGCGUCAGCAAGCUGCCAGCCUGCAGCCGCCUGCAGGAAGCCAGCGACUGUGUAAAUCAGCAAAGCC